CUCACUCUCUACUAAUAUUAAUGUAAUAUGAGUGAUUGUGUGUACACAAAGUUUUCAUUUCAACUACCAUUAAUUUCAAAAAUUGGCUUAUAUAAUCAUCUUCUCACUCUAACUAAAAGUUAAGAUGAUGAUUUACAACUUAUCUAAAUUAUAAACGGUCCAAGACAAGUAUAACAGUCUAACAUUCCUCUACUUAUCCUGCAACACUCUCUCUUCCCGCCUUCUCUCCCUCUCUAUCUCUCUCUCUCCUCCAACCAUGGCAGAAAAACUAGCUAUUCCACUUCUUCCACUUGCUCCUUUUCCUAAUACACCCACUCACCGCCACCAUUCUCUCUCCUCACCGCCACCCCCACCAUCAGUUCUGCCACAAUCAUCAUCCUCUUUUCCCCUUAAACCCAUCAUUAAACAACCCCAAGACUCAAACUUUAUCAAUACCCGUCAUCGCAGUAGCAGUGCCUUGAACCCAUCUCUUCUUCGUCUUCCUAGACGGCAUCGCCGCCUCGGUAAACACCGGGAUCCUAACAAGGGUAAACCCUGGACUCAUCAUAGUCUCUCCCCUCAAGGUCAGCAAAUUUUUCAAAUUCUUGUUGGUACUGAUUUACAUUCAUCUAAUUUAGGCUGUAUUUUGAUUAGAUUGUUUGAAAAUCAAGGAAUUUGUGAAAAUCAGGAAGUGGGUAGUCUUGGUUUGUGGUCUGUAAAUGCUGACAUUUUGGGGAUAAUUAAGGGUUUAGGGUUUUUGGGUAAGUGUGAUUUGGCUUUCAGGGUGUUUAAUUGGGUUCGUAGUCGGAAUGAUUAUCAAAAUUUGUUAGAUGGGCCUGUUGUUGCUGCUAUGAUUAGUAUUCUUGGUAAGGAAGGCCGUGUUUCGAUUGCGGCUUGCUUGUUUGAUGAGCUAGAUAAGGAUGGUUUUGACAUUGAUGUUUAUGCUUAUACUGCAAUGGUAAGCGCGUAUGCUAGUAAUGGACGGUAUAGGGAGGCAGUGACGAUUUUUAAGAAAAUGGAGGAUGUUGGGUGUAAACCUACUUUGGUUACUUAUAAUGUGAUUUUGAAUGUUUAUGGAAAGAUGGGUAUGCCUUGGAUUACAGUUGCUAAAGUUAUAGACAAUAUGAAGCGUGAUGGAAUCGCUCCAGAUUUGUACACUUAUAAUACACUUAUUAGUUGUUGUCGUCGUGGGUCUUUGUAUGAGGAGGCAGCCGGAGUUUUUGAGGAGAUGAAGUUAGCUGGCUUUGUGCCUGAUAAUGUCACUUACAAUGUCUUGCUGGAUGUUUAUGGAAAGUCUCGGCGUCCUGAAGAAGCAAUGGGGGUUUUGCGGGAGAUGGAGAUUCGUGGAUAUGCACCGAGUGAUGUGACUUUUAAUUCCUUGAUUUCUGCUUAUGUGAGGGGUGGUUUAUUAGAAGAGGCUAUGGUGAUUAAAGCUCAGAUGGUUAAGAAAGGGAUCAAACCUGAUGUUUUUACUUACACUACUCUCUUUUCUGGUUUUGAGAAGGCUGGUAAAGAUGAAUGUGCAAUGAAGGUUUUUGAGGAGAUGAGAAGUGCAGGUUGCAAGCCCAAUAUUUGCACCUUUAAUGCCCUCAUUAAAAUGCAUGGUAAUCGCAAGAGAUUUUCGGAAAUGAUGCGGACAUUUGAGGAGAUGAAGCAUUGCAAUUGUUCCCCUGAUAUUGUCACUUGGAACUCUCUUUUGGCCGUGUUUGGACAGAAUGGAAUGGAUACUGAAGUCUCUAGUCUGUUCAGUGAGAUGAAGAAGGCAGGAUUUGUACCAGAGCGGGAUACUUUCAACACCUUAAUAAGUGCUUACAGUCGAUGUGGCUCCUUUAAAAAAUCGUUGGCUGUUUAUAAGAUGAUGCUGGAAACUGGUGUCAUGCCAGAUCUUUCAACCUACAAUGCUAUUUUGGCAGCAUUAGCUCGAGGUGGUCUUUGGGAAGAAUCUGAAAAGGUACUUACUGAAAUGAGAAGUGGUCAGUGUAAGCCUAAUGAGCUGAGCUACUCUUGUUUGCUUCAUGCUUAUGCUAAUGGAAAGCAAACUGAACGUAUGUGCACUCUUGCGGAAGAGGUGUAUUCUGGGGAAAUUACACUUCAUCCUGUGCUACUGAAGACGUUAGUUCUUGUCAAUAGCAAAACUGGCCUUUUAGUGGAAACAGAACGUGCUUUUCAGGAGUUGAGGAGGAGAGGCUACUCUAUGGAUAUAACAACUUUGAAUUCCCUGGUAUCUAUAUAUGGCCGCCGACAGAUGGUCAAAAAAGUAAAUGAAAUUUUGGAUUUCAUGAAGCAGAGUCAGUUUACUCCUAGCUUGACAACAUAUAAUUCUCUGAUGUACAUGUAUAGCCGGUCUGGAUCAUUUCUUAGAGCAGAAGAAAUUCUGGAAGAAAUCGCUAGUAAUGGACUGCAGCCUGAUAUCAUUUCAUAUAAUACUGUUAUAUAUGCUUAUUGCAAAAAUGGUCGAUUGAGAGAUGCUUGUAGAAUAUUUUCUGAGAUGAGGUGCUCUGGGAUUAUUCCUGAUGUAAUUACUUACAAUAUUUUCAUUGCAUAUUAUGCUGCAAAUGAUAUGUUUCUGGAGGCCAUUGAUAUGAUUCGCUGUAUGAUCAACCAUAAUUGUAGACCUAACUCAAACACAUACAAUUCUGUAGUCGAUUUUUUCUGUAAAUUUAAUCGUCCAGAUGAGGCUGCUAUGUUUGUAAAUAACCUUCGCAAACUUGAUCCUUAUCUUCAAAGGGAUGAAGAAUUAAGGUUAUUGGAUCGAAUAAGGGGUAGAUAUUAUAAAUAAGGCUCGUCAAUCUUCUGAUGUCCUGGUGUUAGAGAGGCUUAAUUGUCUGUAAGUUUUGGCGCUUGUCAUAAGAUCAAUUGGACAAGAGGCUGACUUCUUAAAUUGGACUGCAGAUGAGAAAUUUAGCUUCUGCCAUUUCCAAGGUGGAUGCUAAAGUCAAGUUAAAAGACCUUUUGUUACUCUUUCUAUGAUCUAGAGUGGAAUCCUUGGACUGCAGCUCUGCAUCCGAGCCAUCUAACCUGGUAUGUACGUUCAUCAUCUAUUCCCAUUUGAAUGUCUUGUGCCAAUGCUGUUAUAUGUGAAAAUUAAAACAUAAACAUGUAAUUUCACUGCAAAACUGUGCAUGAUGCCAUACUGUGCUGAGCUACAUAAAAGCUCUUACAAGAGAAUGUACUUAUAUACACCUGAUUUUCUCUCCAUAUAACACAGCCAAUCAUUAUAUCAUUUUUUUUUCCCACUUUCUACAUCAUUAUGUGAGAUUUGUUUAACACAGCAUGGGUGAGCACCAGAAUCUCAUCUCAUGUACCCUUAGGCCUUAGCCAUAUCAAACACAACAUCCUAACUUCAGAAAAGAAGCCUAACGGAAAAUAGGGAAUAGGUAGUAACAACUUUAACUUUUGUUAGUUUCAUUGGACCUAAAUGUGUAAAGAAGUUAGUAUUGUCUAUAUAAGCAUUCCAAUCUACCAUGGGCCAAAGCUCCACAUAAGAUUAGGCUAUGGUAAGCUUGUUUUUAAGGAGAAUGAAGUUUUGAAAUUAAAGAGAUGUUGAUGGGAACCAAAAUGGAUUCAUAGAGAAGCACCAAGAGCCUAUUAUACCAUAAAUAAAUAAUUUAGGGACACCAAUGGGACAAUUAAGGACCCAUCCAAGCUAUUAUUUUCCCCUUGAACUCUUAGGGAAUGACUCCAAGGCCAUAGCGAUGAUUGAAAUACAAUAUUUUAUUCAAGGGCGAUUGUAUGGAUUUGAUAUGGUGUGCACUAACAUUCCCUUACUUGUGAUUGGUUCACUUAUUUGACAAAGUUUAGUAAUUAGAUAGCCAUGCCAGUAACAAUUUUAUAAACCCUAAAAUAAUAAAAUAAAGUGAUCUACACAGCUCUGAUGAUCAGGCUAACCAAAUUUUUGAUAUCGGUUCAUGGUGGAUAAGCUGGUGGUCCUUUCUCUUAUUCGUGAUUCAGUCUUCUGUGGAGCUUGAUAGGGUGCAUCUAGGAUGCUAUGAACACCUUCCACUUCUCUGUUAGGGAGAUAUUUGUAACCAAUUCUACUUUGUUGGGGUAUUGGCCUUACCUAUGACAGGGACAAGUUCCCCUUUAAGUACUAUCUUGCAGUCUACCUUGUACCUGGAAUCUAUUUGGGCCACUUGUUGAGAAAUUUCUCAAUGCACACCCUAAUUAAUGAUUUUAUAAUGAAAAGAACAUUCUUGGAGCUCAAAGGUGCGGUAUUUCUUGCUUAGCUUGAUUCCGACGGACUUGUUCCGACGGAUACGAAAUUCCGUCGGAAAAAGCAUAAUUUCCGACGGAAUUAUUUUCCGUUGGAUAUUUCCGAAGGAAUUAUUUUCCGUCGGAUAUUUCCGACGAAUUCAAAAAAUCCGUCGAAAGUCCGUCGGAACUUUUUGAAGGAAAUAAAUUUUGUCGGAAUAUAUGUGCUUUCCGACGGAAUUUACAUUUUCCGGCGGAUUUCUAAUCCGUCGGAAUUUUCCAACGGAAUUUUCCGUCGGAAUACAAUAAAAAAAAAAAA